AUGGAAUAUGUUCGAUUUUAUGGAACAAUUAAUAAUGGAAAUACAAUGUUUGGAAGUAGUAUUCCUGUAGAUUGUCAAGGUUGGUCACAGAUUUUGAAUAUCGGUACACUUCCACCACCAGGAGAAUCGGAUCGACCUGGAAUCUAUUUUUUCUUUGAAAAAGAAAAACAAAUCAGAAGUGAGGAAAAGCCAUUUAAUAUGGUAGUUAGCUAUGUUGGUAUUGCAAGUGGAUUGCUAUUCGAUGAACUACAAGAUGUUUUCAAUUCACUAGAGAGUACAACUAUAAAUCCAUCGCUAACCAAUUGUACUCAUUAUAUUUACUAUGCAUUUCCAACUAGCUAUAUCAUACACCCACUGCUAUUCCUCUAUAAGCAAGUUUUAGAAUCGAUAUUCUAUUUUCCAUCACAAAACAUUAAUAUCAAUGGAUUCAAUAAUAAUGGUACGUUGUUGGAUGGUGAACUAGUGGAUAUCAUUCCGAUAAUGGAAUGUAUUUUAAAUUCAAAAUUUCAAGAUCUUCCAUCUCUAUUUAAAUUAAACGAAUUACUUUGUCAUGUACCAUCGGAACAGCGGAUCAAUAUUCAAUCUCUACUGGCAAAUACACAUUUAUGUCAGAAUCAAUUAUAUAAACAAUCAAAUCUUAUUUAUAAAUAUUUAGAAGUUGUUGAAAAGUUAAAACUAUCACAUCAGCAACUACAACAACAACAACAGUCACAACAAGAAUUGAUUCAACAAGAUCAAGUUUUACCAAUGGAAAACACCAAUAUUCAACAAACAUUGGAAAUAGAAUCAUCCAAUCCAACUUUAGACCCAUUUGGAUUCACUCACUUAAAUAAUGUAAUUAGGAGAGCAAUACUUAAAGAAUUAAAUAAUGAAUAA